AAACAAUAUGGCUGCGUUAGACGGUUGAGAAUAAUUGGCAAGGAGAAAAAUAUCGUUGCAGUUUGCAAUUUUCAUGGAUAUCCUUAAUAGGCACAGUUGCAGCAAUAGCAGCUACAUGUAGGAUGACAGCAGUAAUGGCAAAUGGGAACUGGGAUCCAGCAUUGUCUCGGUUGUUGGUGUCAUUGGAAGAAGCAAGGCAAGUUUUACCUAGUUCAGAAGAAGAAUUUGGUUUCUUAAGUGGCCUGUUACAAUCGAAAGAACUUCAUGCAUUGGUGAAAGUGCACAACAAAAUUAUAAAUAAUGGAAAGGAUGAAAAAUUUCACCCUACUGUAUCAAACUCAAUGCAGAUAGCAUUGGAUGUAUUGGAUGUUAUUGCACCGAAGGCUACUUCUAAUGAAGACUGCAAAAAUUUGUUCAUACUGUUGCAGAAACCACACAUUCAGGGUUUGUUAUGUGCACAUGAUGCUGUGGCCCAGAAGGACUAUUUCCCUCGUCUUCCGGAAAUUCCAUUGGAGGUUGAUGAGGAUGAAGAAACCAUUAAGAUAGUGCAACUUGUGAAGAGUAGUGAACCACUGAGUGGUGCCCAAAGCGUUGAGCCUAUUGUGGGUGCAACUAUCAAGACGGAUGAGCAGACAGGGAAAAUAGUAAUAGCACGUAUCAUGCAUGGUGGAGCAGCAGAUCGCUCAGGACUCAUUCACGUUGGUGAUGAAGUGUGUGAAGUGAAUGGUAUUAAUGUGGAAGGGAAAACUCCAAAUGACGUUCUCAAAAUACUGCAAGCAUCUGAGGGUACAAUUACUUUCAAGCUUGUUCCUGCAGAUAGCAAAAGUGGAUUGCGUGAGAGUAAAGUCAGAGUCCGUGCACAUUUUGAUUAUACAUCGUCUACAGAUCCAUACAUCCCAUGCAAAGAAGCAGGACUGGAUUUCAAGAAAGGAGAUAUUCUUCACAUUGUCAGCCAGGAUGAUGCUUACUGGUGGCAAGCACGGAGAGAGGGAGACAGAAAUAUGAGAGCAGGUUUAAUUCCAAGUCGUGCCUUACAAGAACGACGAAUAAUUCAUGAGAGAACACAGAAAGAAAAGUCUGGUGAUGAAAGUAAGAUAAUGAGAGGAGAAGACAAUGGUGUCUGGACAUUAGGCUUACAUUUGCUUCCCACUAACUUCCCUGUAGGUCUGUGCUCUGUUUCAGUCCUACCAGGAUGCCAGUCCCCAAAGUCCCCUCGCUGUGCCUCUAAACCCAAAACUAAAAAGAUUAUGUAUGACACAGCAGAGAAUGAUGACUUUGACCGCGAGGAGAUAGCAACCUACGAGGAAGUGGCCAAACUGUACCCACGUCCAGGACUGCAGAGGCCUCUGGUCUUGAUUGGACCUCCAGGUGUUGGGCGCAAUGAGCUCAAACGCCGGCUCAUAGCAACUGAUCCUGAUAAAUACAAGACGCCCAUUCCUUAUACAUCCCGUCCUCCAAAACAUGGAGAAGUGAAUGGAAAAGACUAUUUCUUUGUAACUCGGGAAAAAAUGGAGGAAGACAUAGAAGCAAGCAAAUUUAUUGAAUUUGGAGAAUACAAAGGAAAUUUAUAUGGGACAUCAGCUGAAAGUGUGAAGUCAUUGGUUAAUGCUGGAUAUGUUUGCAUACUAAAUCCCCAUUAUCAAGCAUUGAAGAUGUUAAGAACACCACAGUUGAAACCUUAUAUAAUCUACAUUAAACCACCAACUUUUGAUGUUUUGAAGGAAACAAGAAAUGCUGCAUAUGCACGUUCAACAUUUGAUGAGACAAAUUCCAGGGGAUUCACCGAUGAAGAAUUUCAUGAAAUACUCCACAGCAGUGAACGAAUUGAAUUUCUUUACAGUCAUUUAUUUGAUGAAGUAAUUGUGAAUGCAGAUCUUUCAGUGGCAUUUGAGCAGUUAGUUAGAGUUGCCAGUAAAGUGGAAACAGAACCACUAUGGGUUCCCGCAUCAUGGGUGCAGUGAAGAGAUUUUACAGUUUCCUUUGUUUGUCAAUAAAUGCUGGAUACCAGAUUGUAUCAUAAUGGUACGUCGGUUUGUUGGAUGCCUUGCUACAGAAGUUGAGUACGAAGAUAGAAUGAUGAGAUUAUUGACAACAUGUAUUGGACUGCCUCAAAAAAAUAGUGUCUUCAGAUAUCAUUCAGAAGAGUCCUUUCUAUUGUGUUUAAUACUUUCUUCUAAUUUGCUCUGAUGGUUCUAUAUGUUAUAUAAAAUAUUGCAACCUUUGUAUGAAAUGUAAAAUUAAAUUAUGUAAGGUGUGGACUGAUUGUGGGUGAUCACUCUGUCAGCAUUUUAUGCAGUCUCUGUGGGAAGAAUGAAGUUAAUUGCAUCUUUGACAAAAGAGGCUGCAUUUUACAAACAAAAGUGUUAACUUUAUUAGCUUGUAAAGCUCCUGUUUCAUUAUGUGUGUCUGUCCACAUUGUAAUUGUUGUCACAAUCAUGCAGGUGUCUUUUUUAUUCUUGUUCAGCAGCUUUGUUAAUUGUGUGAUAAGCAAUUCACUGAUCACUGCCAUUGUAAUAUGAGAUUAAAACAAGUACAUAGAUUAACAUUAUGAAUGUUACUGAGUCUGAAUUUUUUACAUUAGUUUUGAUCAUUUUUGUCAGCAUAGUUGUCAGCUGUCAGAUAUGGGAUUAACAUUAGUGUCAGUUUUGUCAGCACCAAGUUUGUAAGCUGGUUGUUUGAACUAUACAUUAACUGCAGUUUCUUUAAUCCUUUGUCAUUCAUUAUUGUCCAUAUUUUGACUUGUGGUCUUUGAGGCCAGCAGCUUUCUUAAAGUUGUCAUAUAUCUUUUGAAAUUCAGUUGAAUUAAUAUAUUUAUUAGUAGCUUGAUAUAGUGAUCGCACAGUUGUGCCAUGCUUGCGCGUAAAAAAUGUUUGUUAACAAAAUUUUUAAAAUUGUAAAUGUUUUGUUAGUUUUAUUCUUGAUAUUUAUAGGGAUUUUCAGUUAACAAGAUUUUACCAAAACAUCAAAAGUUAAAUGUUGAGCAGCAACAAUAGUCCGUUGAUGACUGGUGACAUUAUAAAUCUGAUAAAAUGUAGAUAAUUUAAAUUUGCCAUUUAUAUCCAGUUUUGCAUCACUUCAUUGAGAAGUAAUUUUUAUUUAAACCUAUUUGUGUGUGUGUGUGUGUGUGUGUGUGUGUGUGUGUGUGUGUGUGUGUGUGUGUAACAAUAAAGACUGCAACAGCAAAGUUUUUUUUUUUCUUUUUCUUGUAUUCUGUUCUAGAGAUAUUUAAAAACUUGAAACAAUAGAGAAAACAAGGACAAGUGUGGUACUCAACAAUGGAUCAAAAAGUGAACAAAUGUGUGGGAAUGUACAUUUAUCGAAAAUGUCUCCUCAGGGCUUUGGAACUAACAAAGAUGGUGCUGUAGACAUUCUGUUUAAUUGCACUGUUGUAAUGGCAGUUACAAAUAGAAAACCCAGCCAGAGUUAAUUUAACUAUGCAGAAGGAGGACAGCCAAUCACUCUGUAGUUGUACUUGUAGGCAAUGAAUAAAGGAAACUGAAGAUAAUUUGCAGGUUUUUUAGACUCAGAAUUCAUCAGUUCCUUUCUUAUGCAGACUGAUGAUAUGCUCUUAACAUUGGUAAUUACAUGAUGUGUCUAAAUAGUAACAAAGACAGCCAACUUGUUUUUAUAUCAUAGCCUGUGCCUUUAUCAAGUCUGCUGGAAUCCCUCCAGUCAGAUUGAUUACAUGCAUAAUCCUAGUUCUCCUUUGUAAAUUUGAAACUGAUCUAUUUCCUUCUAACAUUUGGAUGUGUAUCCAUGAGUUGCCUGCAUACUUUACAAUUAAUUUCCUGUAAUUGUGCAUUCGUGUUGUUCUAAUGAUUGCAUAAUGUAAUAAUGACUGUUUCUUGUAUCUUUGUCUCUAUUGUUAUCAGAAUAUUUCAUGAGAUAUUUAUUUAUAUAUCAAGUAUUUAAAAGUGAUCAUAAAAAAAGAAAUAGAAAUACAGAGAUCUAUUGUUUUGGCAUACCAUAAUUUGUUGUAGAUAGCCUGUCAUAACAAAAAAGGGGAAAGGAAAAGAAAAACAUAUGUUUAUUUUGGAUAUCUUUAGAUGUUUUUUCCACAUCACAGUACUUGGCUUUAGUAUUUAUUUCCCACUUGAAUUUCCUGUGUAGUUUCCUGCACAAUAAAGCACAUUUUUGUAAGUUGUAGUCUGUAAACACAAUGUAUGACGUAUGUGUGAUUUUGUACCAUCAGUUUAUUUUUAAUUUUUUUAAAUUGAAAAUGUAAGCUGUAAACUACCUAAGAAUAAUGACUUUCUUCGAGUGAAGCAAUGACAAAGCUGCUGUUUUGGAUAGCCCCAGAAGUCUAUAAUGUUUAACAAAAUAAUAUGCUCCAAUGUCUCACAGAACCUUGUUUUUAACCACUGGGAUUAUGAUGUUAUAAAAGUCAUGUAAGAAACUUGCUAAUAAUGGGUUGUAAUACCAUAAACAGAUAAGAUAAUUAUGUGCACAACAGAGGGGAAAUGGUUCCAACGGCGAGAAGUAAAUAACAAGUUUACAAUAUGUUGAAGAAGAUGGAUCACUAAAUACGAAGUAAAAGAAGCAGUGAACAAAGAACGAAGAUGAGAUGGUUGGGGGACAGAAAAUGCUUCGCUCUGAAUAAAAUCUAUGAGGUGGAAAAUGUUUGGCUUUCAGACAAAGUGCUUCAUCAUAGCUCACAAAUACAAACGGCAACUCGCUCGCACAUAUUCACUUAGGAGACUGCAGUAAGUUACUUGUGCAAAUUUGUUAACUGUGAUGGAUGGCUUUGUUCAGAAGUUAAACAUUUUGUGCCUUAAGGAUGUGAUUCAGAGCUAAGUGUUUUCUGCCCUUCUUACAUGCUUGUCCAUUACUCAGUGUCUCUUCUAUUUGGUGAGCAGUGAUCUAUCUUCUUUUUCAUAUUAUAAAUAAUAUGAUUGGAGCUUAUGAAAUAAAAUUUGUUUCAUGCUACAAAGGAUAAAAUAAAACAGUGUCAACAGCUCUUUUUCAUGGCUGUCUGACACACCGUUCUUUUUAACUUGCCCCCUUUUUGGUUUCAUAAAUUUUCUUAAAGAGAGAAUGGAUGCUAUUUUGUUAAAAGAUGAACAUUCCAUUUCUUUUUUUAUGGCUAUUAGUGAAUUUUUAUGUUAUAUUGUGUGUAUGAGAUCAGCAGUUAAAUGUUUCAUUGUUUGUAGAGAUACAAACUGUCAGUGUGCAAAGACUUUUGAAUAAUGGUUGCCAUUCCUCUCCCCUCCCCAUCUUUCUCAUGUUUAUAUAUAGUAUUUUAAGUGAAUAACACAAAAUUAUAUAGUGCGUGGAAUAAACUUUUGUAAAUACUCAAAAAAAUAAAUUUAAAAAAAUUGAAGUAGAUAGGUGAUGAAGACAGAUACUAUCACUACCAAUAAUUGUGUGAGAGAGGUAAACACAGGCCAUAUGUAAAUUGUUGAUAAGCUUACGGAUAGUGUGCUGCUUCAUUUCUAGAUAUAAAACUGUAUCAGAAGGAAAUCCAGUCGAGGGAAUUAAUAAAUUAUGAGAACUAACUUCCAACCAGUUCUUAUCUUCAGGAAGGGAAAUAUGUAGUACUGCUGGAUGCACAUAAAAGUAAAAGUGGCAACACUAUCCUGUUUUUGAACUAAUAGUCCUUCCUCAGGGGGGGGAGAGGGAUGCGUUGGGGACGGUUGAAGAGAAUGGCAUGUCACUCAAGGCAAUAUGUAAAGGCAGUCAAAUGUGAAGACGGGGAGAAAAAGUAUUAUUGUGCACAUUAUUCUUGCAGUUGGUAGGUUAAUGUCUGCCAUUCCUGUUCAGUGAUUUAAGAAAAGUUUUCAAAAAUAUUUAUUCACAGAAACAUCAACCAAACAAUUUUACACUGUUUAUGGUUUCAACCAUGCAAUAAUCAUCUUCAGAUCAUUAAAUGUUGUAACAGCAUAUUCAAGUUUAUAUGAUCCACAAUUUGUUGGUGAGUGCAUCAGUGCACAACACUUUUGGAUAUUCUUAAAUGAUUUCAUUCAUUAAUCAGAUAUGGAGAGAGCUCUAAAAACGAAAUCAUAGUAGGUGCAACAUGUAACAUACAAAAAAAAAAAAGUUUUCUUGGCUAAUGUAUAUUUUGGUGUAUUUAAGCAAUUGCAGUAUUCUGCAAUUUUUUAUAGGUGCAUACAUGUAUAACUGCAAAUGUUAAAUCUUUAUGCUGGGAUGUUUUGCUAACAGUUUUGACAGGCUGUCACAUACUGCCAUUGAAAAUGUAAUACUGUUGCAAAGACUCAAGGCCUUGACACUGAUAUAUUCAAAAAAUUAUAGUGAAUCCUCAUCUGUAGUGUUGUUUCAUUUCUAGUCUUUAUUUAUUUUAUGAAGACUAUGGCCCCAUUAUUGAUUCUGUGUAAUUUUCUGUUGCAUGUUAUAACAUAGAGCUCUUCAAUAUUUUCCAGUAUUAUUUAUUGUUUCCAUAGAGGGAAGUCAGCUCUGGUGUAGUUACUUUUUUCUGUAAGGAUGUUAAUUUAGUAUGAUUCUUCUGCAACCACACUGCCAUACAACCACUGAUUAAAGAGUUGCGCAAUUUUGUAAAAUUAUUGAAAAUAUUUCUCACUGGCUUUCUGUUUGACAUGGUUGACUUCAUACUGUAACCUGGAGCUGGACUUCCCCACACUGAACUUUGUAUGAUCUUAUAGAAUUUUUUUAGUCUCCAUGUUGUGCAUGAUUCAAAGAAGUUCUGUUCUGUCAUAAACAGUUGUGUAGGUGAGGUGUUAGCAAAUAAUUAAACAUAAAAUGUUGGUCACUUUGUACUCAAACUGACAAAAGUUGCUAUUAUUUAUGUGCCAUAGUGCAAAACUGAUCAACAUAAUUUAUUACACACAGAAACAACAUUUACACAAAUAAUGCUGGCAAACUAGAUAAGUUAUUUCUGUGUAUUACUUAUGUAUGUAUUUAUUAAAAGAUCAACCAGUUCGUUAUUGCCUUUUUUACGUGUACAACAAACCACCAGGAACCAGAAUUCAGUGAAUGCUCAGCUGUAGCAGAAACCAUUUGCCAUAAUUACAAUAGUUUAAUAUCACAGACUCGUUAUUUUUGGUCACAAAUUUCAAUGUAUUAUAAUGGAGUGAUUAUUUAUUUUUACUUUUAUGAGGAUAGGGUGGUUAUCAUUUCACCAUCUUGGAUCUAUUCUCUUAUAGGUUGUGUAAAAAAAACUCAUAAACUGUUUAAUAUUUAUUAUCAGUGUUACUAUAAGUGGGAUGUACUACCAUAUUUUAUCUAUUUCUGCCCAAAAUGAAAAGGUGUUUAAAACCCUUUGUAAUUGUAUUCAUUGACUUAUCAGUUUUAAAGGAUAUCUCCAUAUUUCUCAUGUAUACAUAUUGCACAUUAAAAAAAACCUUGUUGCUGACAAAUUCCUAAAUUAUAGUGCUUUAUACAAAUACAGUGAACAUUGCAUAAUUCUUCACUGUAGUGUGUUCGUGGUGUUGGAUAUUAGUGUUGUGCACAGGUUUCUAUCUUGGUAGCAUCAAGUUUUCAUAUUGAUAAAACUUGGCAAUGAGCUUAAAAUUCAGAUGUUUUCCUACACCUCAAAGGUGGACAUUGUUGUUGUUGUUUCUUUACUGAGACAUAUUAAAAUAAGUUUCUGUGAAGGCAACAUUUUGUAUGAAUAUUAGCCAUUGUGUGGUCUUUAAAUUAAUGGUUCCCUCCAUAAAUCCAUGCCAUAAUAUGGAGUGCAUGUUCUUUAAAUAAUUGGCCCUUAGAGGUGUUGUUAUACAUUUGUACUUAUUAAAGGUUAAAGUUUCAGAUUGUGUGUGGAAACAUUAAAUCAUUUUGUCCUUUUUAAUUUCUGUCCUUUCAUUUUUGUGACUCAGUAAGAAUUUACUUUUAUGUAGGUUAUAGAAACUGCACUUGAUUGAGAAUAAAUCCAAUAUUGUGGGACCACCUAAUUCACGUACAGUUCUCAUGUAUUUUGACAUUUUCUUAGCAAUAAUUCAGAUACAGGCUAUACUCUUUCUGUCUGUUGAAUUAUAAAACAUUAAUUUUUCUUGUAAUAUUUUUUUUUUUUUUUUUUUUUUUUUUUUUUUUGUAAAUGCUGAAGGAGCCAUUGUUACGACAUAGCUACUUCAGUGAAAAUUAUUGUCAAUGAUUUAAAUCAUAUAUGCAAGUACCUGUAAACAAUCAUAUUCACAAAUAAAGAAUUGUUAUUUAUUAUUCAAA